AAUAGAGAACAAUUAAUGUUGUUAGUUGAAAAAGUCAUUGGAAUGGUAGCUGAAGUCAUGAAAUACUUGAAGGUGGUGCAAGGUGAACGAUGUUGUCUUAGGCCUUGGCUAUGCUAUCAUGAAUAUUGGGAAAAUGAUGUGGAUAUACCUAAAAGUAAAAGGAAGGUUAAUAAAAAGAAUAAGCAGAAAGAAAAGAGGAAUAAUGACGCAGCUGAUAAAAAGUACCUGAAGGUUGAGUUUGAAUAUGACGUUGGUCAAUUUGUUGUUAGGAGGAAGUCUAUGGAAAAGAAGAUUGGUGAUAAAAGAGAAAUGUUUUAUGUCACUGCAAAGUUAAGUAUAGCAUGUGGAAUACAUGCAGAAAAAGGUGUUCUCUGUGAUGAAUUUUGCUGUCAGAAUAGGUUUGGACAUUAUUGGAAAUCUGCUAAAAAAACAAAUUCAGGUGGUUUUAGAGAAAAGAAGAAA